AUUUUUUUAAUAAUUAUUAACAGAGACUAAUUUUAAAGAACUAGUUUGAAGUGGAAGAAAGGGCUGAACACAGUUGACUUGACCUUGCUCGAUUCCUUCUAACAGCACUCUUCUUCUCCCUGUCAUAAUUCAUUUGCAAUUCUUGUUGAAACAAUGCAUCUAGAGUUUCAGCUAGAGACUUGGACAAUUUUGGUUGCUAUUGUGUGCAUCUUGGUCUUUGUUCUGAAGGAGAUUGUUAUGGGAGGGAAGAGCUCAAAAGGGAGUGGUAGGAGGUAUGAUUUUGGUGCUUCUUCAUCUUCACGGGAUAAUAACUAUGGUGGAUACCAUCCACAAUCACCAUACCCUUCUUAUCAAACACCUCAGCACCCGCGUGCAUCAGCUCCAUUUUAUGACUAUGCACAGCCAAAAAGGAAGUUGGAUAAGAAGUAUUCCAGGAUAGCUGAUAAUUACCGUUCUUUGGAUGAGGUUACAGCUGCACUUGCAAAUGCUGGGCUGGAAUCUUCUAAUCUCAUUGUUGGCAUUGAUUUCACCAAGAGCAAUGAGUGGACAGGGAAGAGGUCAUUCAAUCGAAAAAGUUUACAUGACAUUAGAAGUGGUCAAAACCCUUAUGAACAAGCAAUUUCUAUUAUCGGGAAAACUUUAUCUGCUUUCGAUGAAGAUAACUUGAUUCCUUGUUUUGGAUUUGGAGAUGCAUCUACACACGAUCAAGAUGUAUUUAGUUUCUAUUCAGAAGAGAGGUUCUGCAAUGGGUUUGAGGAAGUUCUGACACGAUACAGACAAAUUAUUCCUUCCCUAAAACUUGCAGGACCCACUUCGUUUGCCCCUAUUAUUGAAAUGGCUAUGACUAUUGUUGAGCAAAGUGGUGGCCAAUAUCAUGUCUUGCUAAUAAUUGCAGAUGGACAGGUGACUAGAAGCGUUGAUACACAAAAUGGCAACUUAAGUCCGCAAGAGCAGAACACAAUAGAUGCAAUAGUAAAAGCCAGUGAGUAUCCACUGUCAAUAGUUUUGGUGGGAGUUGGAGAUGGACCAUGGGAAAUGAUGAGGGAAUUUGAUGAUAACAUCCCUUCUCGGGCAUUUGACAAUUUUCAGUUUGUGAAUUUUACUGAAAUAAUGACAAGGAAUGUAGAUUCAACCAGAAAAGAGACAGAUUUUGCCCUUUCAGCUUUGAUGGAGAUACCUUCUCAAUACAAGGCAACCCUAGAGCUUGGCAUAUUGGGUUCACGGAGGGGGCAUUCACCAGAUAGGGUUGCUCUACCCCCACCUCUUUAUAGUAGAACCUCUUCCAGCAUCAGCACAAAAUCUACAAGGUCUAACAGUUUUCAGCAGAGGACACCUACACAUACUAGCUAUGAUAGCAGUGUUCACACAGAGACAUCAUCAAGUUCUUUAUAUGAUAAUAAGGUUUGCCCCAUUUGUCUUACCAAUGCAAAGGAUAUGGCCUUUGGUUGUGGGCAUCAGACUUGUUGCGAGUGUGGAGAGGACCUCCAAUUCUGUCCCAUUUGCCGGAGCACAAUCCAUACUAGAAUAAGGCUUUACUAGUUAGCUUUGAUGCAGAAGUCCUGUCAAUGAAAAUUUCGUCAUUUCCAGAAUAAGGGGCUGCAAAAGGAUGUGCAGAGUUGGUCUGGCUCUUUUCACAGAUGGUUUCUUGUCCAUAAAAACUGCAUUUGCAAUUUCCAGGCGAAACUUGUAUUCCCAGUUACACUUAGGAAGAGCUCUUUACAGAAAGAAUUGGCCUUCCCCGUUGUAUAUAUGUAGUUCAUGUGUCUCGGAAGGCGUCAUGUUUUUAAAUGAACUGCUUGCAUUAAAAUUAUUUGUAUUGUUCUAAAGAGCAUUUAUCAUUUUGAUCGAAUCUAGAUUGUCUUUCUACAAAGCAUGAAUCCAUAUAUUUGAUCUUUUCAUGUGGAAGACUGGGAAAUAAAGUCAGCAACUGCGAAAAUUAA